AUGCGGAAGGCCAACACAGAACGCAAGACACCUAAAAAAGGAGAUACAGCAAAAAAAGCCCCACCCUCUUCUGGCAAACAGCAGCGUACCCUGUUAUCAUUUUUUACUCCAAAAGCAGACUCGUCCAGCCCGAAAAAAGAAGCUCAAUCAUCAAUUGGAAAUGAUGUUGAAAUGACUAUAGAGGAAGAUGUUACUCCAAUGGCAAUUUCUCCUACGAAGGGUCCUUCACCCAGUGGCGAAGAGACUACUACUAGGAAGCGAAAAGUUGCUUUUGACUACCAACCUUCAAGCCCAACUGCAAAAGUUGCUGCUUGGAAACUCGAUAGCGAUAAAGAAUUGAGUGAUCAGGAGGAGGAGGAAGAGGAAAAGCCUCCAGUCAGAAAUACCAAACGAGCUCGACGAGCUAUUAAGGAUGAUUAUGAGGAGGACAAUUUUGUGGUCGACGAUGACGAAAGCGAUUUAGAUUUACCUCAACCCCGGGGUCUAAAGAAGAGGCAGCAGCCAUCAGCAGAGCCAACUCCCAAGAAGCUUGCAAGCACAUCGAAGUUUGCAUUCCGGCCAACAAAUGGCAAUUCUACCCCCGCCAAGCCUUUCCCUCAACCGAACACUCCAAAGAACCCAAAUAAUCCAACAACGUCAAAGAAAGAGGGGAAAGAAGUGCGUUACGAAUGGUUGGUUGAUGUGAGGGAUGCCGAUAGGAAUAAACCCGGUGACCCGGAAUAUGACCCCAGAACUCUCUUCAUACCAGAUUAUGCGUGGGCCAAGUUUUCCCCAUUCGAGAAGCAGUAUUGGGAGAUAAAGCGCAAUCUCUAUGACACAGUUGUGUUUUUUAUGAAGGGGAAGUUUUUUGAAUUGUUUGAAGACGAUGCUACCAUAGGGCAUCAGGAGUUUGAUUUGAAGAUGACUGAACGCGUCAAUAUGACAAUGGUUGGAGUUCCAGUAACCUCAUUUGAUAUGUGGGCUUCACAAUUUAUCGCGAAGGGCUACAAAGUUGCACGCAUUGACCAGAAAGAGACUGCCUUGGGUAAAGAGAUGCGCGAGAAAGGAUCUAAACCUGGAAAAGAAGAAAAAAUCAUCAAGCGCGAGCUAGGUUGCAUUUUGACUGGAGGAACUCUAGUAGAUGAAUCGAUGCUACAGGAUGAUAUGGCUACUUAUUGCGCCGCAAUAAAGGAAUCCGUUGAAGAUGGAAAACCCUGCUUCGGCAUUUGCUUCGUUGAUACUUCAACUGGUGAAUUCUCGAUGUCAGAAUUCUCGGAUGAUCUAGAACUUACCAAGUUUGAAACAUUGAUUGCACAAAUUCGGCCAAGAGAGUUGAUCCUUGAAAAGGGUCUUAUCUCUACUCCAGCUCUUACAAUUCUGAAGAGCAACACCCCUUUAACAACCAUUUGGAAUAAACUCAAACCAAACCAGGAAUUCCUAGAGGCAGAAGCAGCGAUCCGUGAAGUUAUGAGUAAGAAUUACUUCCCCAACGAAUCAGACGAUGAGACGGACAAAUGGCCCGAAGCACUUCGUGAUUCCAAAGACAAGGAGCUUGUGAUGUCUGCAUUUGGUGCUCUUUUGUGCUAUCUACAAAAACUUCACAUUGACCAAGAACUCAUCAGUAUUGGUAACUUCCGGUGGUACGAUCCCAUUAGGAAGGCAACAUCAUUAGUCUUAGAUGGACAAACGCUCUUGAAUCUUGAAAUUUUUGCGAAUUCUUAUGACGGAGGUUCUCAAGGAACCCUAUUUUCAUUGCUGAAUAGAUGUAUAACGCCGUUUGGGAAACGGAUGUUUAAACAGUGGCUUUGCCAUCCGCUUGCUGAUGCCGAUAAGAUAAAUGCAAGACUUGAUGCCGUUGAUGCCCUGAAUGCGGACACUGGGUUUCGGGAUGCCUUUGUCUCACAAUUAAGUAAGAUCAAUGAUCUUGAGCGCCUGAUAUCUAGGAUUCAUGCUGGAACCUGCAAAGCUAUUGAUUUCCUUCGUGUUCUUGAAGGGUUUGAACAAAUCCGUGACGCUAUGGAAGACAUUCAGGCACAUGGUGAAGGGGAAGGAUUGAUUGGAAAGUUGAUUUCUAGCAUGCCUGAUUUGAAGGAAUGUUUGCAACCUUGGGAAGCUGCCUUUGACCGCGAGAAAGUUAGGUCUGCGGGUGUUCUAGUGCCUGAAAGAGGCGUAGAGCUCGAUUUUGAUGAGUCUCAGGACACUGUUGAGGGUAUCAUUGGCGAGCUUCAUGCGGUAUUGAAAGAGUACAGUGUUAAACUGAAGUGCAAGGAGCUCAAAUUUGCGGAUAUUGGCAAAGAAAUCUACCUCGUCGAAGUACCCUCAAAACAUUGGAAAAGUGUUCCUAAGAAUUGGGAUCAAAUGUCCGCAACCCAAAAAAUCAAGCGCUUCUAUUUCCCCGAAACUAGAAAGCUUGUGAGAUCUCUCCGAGAGGCGCAGGAAACCCAUGCACAAAUCGUUGAAGGUGUUGCAGCCCGCUUCUUCGCAAGAUUUGACGUAGAUUAUUCAAAAUGGCUCAGUGCUGUGAAGGUUAUUGCCCAUUUGGAUUGUCUGAUCAGCCUCGCCAGGUCGUCUGCCGAUCUUGGCGACUUAAGCUGCAGGCCUAUUUUUGUUGAUACAAAGCGAAGUGUUCUGGACUUUGAAGAACUUCGUCAUCCUACUAUGGUUUCUAGUGUCACGGAUUUCAUCCCCAACGAUAUACAAUUAGGAGGAGAAAAUCCUAAUAUAACCCUCCUGACCGGAGCAAACGCAGCUGGAAAAUCCACAGUCCUCAGAAUGACGUGUGUCGGUGUUAUAAUGGCCCAAAUUGGAUGUUAUGUUCCUUGUAAAUCCGCAAGGCUUACGCCUGUGGAUCGUAUCAUGAGUCGCCUCGGGGCAAAUGACAAUAUUUUUGCAGCUCAAAGUACGUUCUUCGUUGAACUGGCAGAGACGAAGAAAAUACUUUCGGAAGCUACACCGCGUUCCCUAGUCAUUCUUGAUGAACUCGGACGUGGUACAUCCUCAUAUGAUGGUGUUGCUGUUGCACAGGCCGUACUUCAUCACGUCGCAACUCAUAUGGGCUGCAUUGGGUACUUUGCAACUCAUUAUCAUUCACUGGCGUCGGAGUUUUCACAUCAUCCCGAGAUCGAGGCCAGGCGUAUGCAAAUCCACGUGGAUGAAGAAAAUAGGAAUAUUACUUUCUUAUACAAAUUGGAGAAGGGUGUUGCUGAAGGUUCUUUUGGAAUGCAUUGCGCAGCCAUGUGUGGUAUCAAUAAGCGCAUCAUUGACAGAGCAGAAGAGGCUGCGAGGACCUUUGAACAUACUUCGCGUUUGAAGGAUAGUUUGGAUUCAGCCCGUGCUGGUACUUACAUUCCUUUAGGUUUGCAAAGUGAUUUGGCUUGGAUUCUGAGGGGGAAUGAUGUUGGUGAUGAUGCUAUGAAGUCAAUCGUUCAAGCGAUAAAAUGUUUAUGA